AUGGUAGAUGCUGCCUCUGAGAUGAGACCUGAACUAGCCUAUAGUUCAGAAGACUCAUGUGGAAAGAAGUGCUCAUACCUCGGUCGUCCAGAAUCGUAUGGAAAUGGAGUGAAGCAGUAUCCUGUGCCCAACACCAGGCCCAUACAUGAGAGGUACGCGUCGUUCGCUAGCAGAAAAUCAUCGUUCGACCUUCAUCCCGCAACUGCAAAAGGAAACACAGAAAAAAUGUCAAGAGCUGGAUUCUUCUACACUGGUGUUCAAGACCGCAUAACCUGCUUUCAGUGCGGCUACUCCCUCUACAAUUGGAGCGAUGAGGACGACCCAUUAUCUGAACACGCCAGGUGGUACAGAGACUGUCCUUACGUCAUUCUGCAGCUUGGUGAUGAGGCUAUCGAGAAUAUUAGACGCGAACACAGCAAUACACUGGCAGAGAGAAGUCAUGCAGAAAGGAACAGGUCUGACAAAGCAACGGAGUUCUUGCUACAAAACCUAAAACCGUCCUAUCUUGUCCGCCGCCUGAUUUUACAAGACAUAAACCCGGACAUCGUGGAGUUAGCGAUACGAGCAAGGCUUAACAGCACUGGGUUGGUAGAUGUGCUCGACGAGCAAGACCUACGCAGGGCGAAGCUGAUAGAGGUGACUUGA